CCCUGCCUUCAUGGAGCUUGCCAUCUAGUGGCGAAACAGACAAGUAAACAAGUACAAUAAGCUGUGAUGUUGGGGUUUUAGCUGGGGUCUGAAGGAGUGAGAUCAGUCAAGCUGCAGGUAAUGGAAACCAUCCUUCCUUUUUCUGUUGCCACCAGAGUGUCCUCCAGUUCUUCCCCACCUGAAUCCCUGUUGCUAUGGAGACCUCCAAUGGGACUGAGACCUGGUAUCACAGUCUGCACGCUGUUCUGAAGGCUCUAAAUGCCACUCUUCACAGCAACUUGCUCUGCCGGCCAGGGCCAGACAACCUGACUGAGGAGCGGCGGGCUAACCUUCCCGGCCGCGAUGACAACUCCUACAUGUAUAUUCUCUUCGUCAUGUUCCUAUUUGCUGCCACUGUGGGCAGUCUCAUCCUGGGAUACACCCGCUCCCGCAAAGUGGACAAGCGCAGUGACCCCUACCAUGUGUACAUCAAGAACCGUGUGACUGUGAUCUGAUGUUAGGAACUAGGGUGGCUGAAGAUCAAGACAGCCGGGGAUUGUCUUCUGGGGCCUCCAGAACUCAGCCAUGGAUCACAUCAGGCCUCUGUUCCUUUCUGUAAGAUCAACAAGAAACAGUGCUAGGGGAUGCCAUCACUGGGCUGGGAGGAGAGGGGCUUUUUUCCAUCAAAGAUAGACUUGAUAGACAGUGGGAACUAUGGACAAUCAUGUAGAAGUAGCAAAAGAUAAUAACCGAUGACUGGUCCUGUGGCUGGAGUAUUGGGGGCUGGGGUUUUGGACUUGAGGAAGGAGAAAAGGAAGUUGCAGCGGAGGGAAAUAAAACAAGAAGAUGUACUGAGGACA